GCGCGCCAUGAAGUCAGCGGUGAGCGCGCGCGGUGGGGUGUCUGGCGGCCGCGGAGGUGGCUGCUGGGGCGGGGGGCGAGGAGGCGGAGGAGGAGGCGGGGGCAAAGGAGGAGGCGGGGGCAAAGGACCGGGAGGCGAUGGCGGCGGCCAGGGGGGCAAGGGCGGCUUCGGAGCGCGGACGCGCGGCUUCGGAGGCGGCAGGGGCAGGGGGCGCGGUGGUGGAGACGGCAGGGACCGCGGAGGCGGCGGGCAGCGGCGUGGCGUGGCCAAGAGCAAGAACCGCCGCAGGAAGGGCGUCACCACGGUAUCCGUGGAACCGCACCGGCACGAGGGGGUCUUUAUCUACCGCGGGGCGGAGGACGCUCUGGUCACACUGAAUAUGGUGCCCGGCCAGUCGGUGUACGGCGAGCGGCGGGUCACGGUGACCGAGGGCGGCGUGAAACAGGAGUACCGCACGUGGAACCCCUUCCGCUCCAAGCUGGCCGCGGCCAUACUGGGCGGGGUCGACCAGAUUCACAUCAAGCCCAAGUCCAAAGUGCUCUACCUGGGUGCCGCCUCGGGGACCACCGUCUCCCACGUCUCCGACAUCAUCGGCCCUGAUGGCCUAGUCUACGCGGUCGAGUUCUCCCACCGCGCCGGCCGCGAUCUGGUCAACGUGGCCAAGAAGAGAACCAACAUCAUCCCAGUCCUCGAAGACGCCCGGCACCCCCUCAAGUACCGCAUGCUCAUCGGGAUGGUGGACGUGAUCUUUGCCGACGUGGCCCAGCCAGACCAGUCCCGCAUCGUGGCUCUGAAUGCCCACACCUUCCUGCGCAACGGGGGCCACUUCCUCAUUUCCAUCAAGGCCAAUUGCAUCGACUCCACCGCCUCUGCUGAGGCGGUGUUUGCUUCUGAGGUGAGGAAGUUGCAGCAGGAGAAUUUGAAGCCUCAAGAGCAGCUGACCCUGGAGCCCUAUGAGAGGGACCACGCUGUGGUCGUCGGGGUCUAUCGGCCCCUUCCCAAGAGCGCCAACAAGUAGCAACCCAGCUCCGGCUGUCCCUGAGAUAAUGUUUAAGACUGUGCUAUGUUCAGUGUUACUAUAUGUGUGUUUUCUUUGUGCACCGCUUUUCUAUUAAAUGGCAUAAAGAAACAGUACCCAGGUGUACCAGUGAGGCCAGACCCAGUUAUCCCCAAAUCUCCAAAUCCCCCAAACUCUAAAAUAGCCAAGAUAACAGGUGAUAGGGGUCUAUCAAGGAUCAGCCUGGGGACUGUGCUUACUCCAAUCACUCAGGGUCCUGACUCUUCAGGGCCCCUCUUCACUCGUCACAGGGGCAGGGGAAGAGAGCUGGGAAAAUAAUGAGCUUAUAAAAUCCCCUUUGGAACUGAGGGGACACUUCUUACACACUGACCAUGUCAUGUGACCAAGCCUGACUCCAGGGAGUAGCAUUGGAUAUUGACGGACAGUAGUAUAGUCUAACACACCCAAUGUGUCUGACUCCAAGCCAGAGUCCUAACCAUAAUAUAUAUUUAGUACUUUACUCUUCAAGGAAGCCCUUUUGCAUUCCCUAGUAUGUGUAAUCAGCACACCAGCCCCAAGAUGGCUUUGUUACCAUUACCCUUUACAGGGGAAGCCGCAGAGCUUCUGAAGGUAAACUGGUUGCACAGCCAGUAGGGAGGUAGAACUUAACUGCCAGUCUUUGCGCCUCUAAAUUCAUUGCCAUUUCCUGUACACUAAUGGGAUCUUACCUCUCCCCGACAUGGCCCACGCUAAACAGACCACAAGUCCUAACACAAGGACACACACACAGAGCAGGGCCCUCUGGCUUCUCUGUGUCCUUUCUCUGCCUCCCUGUACCACCCUUUUCUUAGAUUUCAAAAUAACAAAACAAGGCAGGGAGGAUGUGAGUCCACCUCAAAAAGUAUUCCCAGGGCUUCCCUGGUGGCGCAGUGGUUGAGAGUCUGCCUGUCGAUGCAGGGGACACGGGUUCAUGCCCCGGUCCGGGAAGAUCCCACAUGCCGCGGAGCGGCUGGGCCCGUGAGCCAUGGCCGCUGAGCCUGAGCGUCCAGAGCCUGUGCUCCGCAACGGGAGAGGAGGCAACAGUGAGAGGCCUGCGUACCGAAAAAAAAAAAAAAAAAGUAUUCCCACCACAAGGCAUAACACACCCAAAGUGGCAUCACCAAGUGUCUCAGAAAUAACCAGGAAAAUGACUCCCAGAAAGUGUGUCUCUGAAGGGCAUUUCCUGCAGGCCCUGAAUCCCAGUCCAUUCAAUUCUGGCUCUCAAAAGCAGUCCAAAGGGAGCAGGAGAGAGAACAAUCCCAGGAGGGCUGGCAAUGUUCCAAAACCAAGACUCAAAAAGGCCUUUCAUUUAUUCAUUCACUCAUCCACUCAGGAAAUCCCCAUUGCCAAUCGCCAACGUCAUCGACAUUGCAUCCAGGAAUGAUUGCUCCCUAAUCCGUCAUUUGGAGAGUGGGUCUACCUUCCUGAAGAUGUGCUUGGAUAGAGGUUAUGGUUAGUUUGUGUUUUCUGAGGGCAUACUUCCUUCAUACAGUAAGAAGAUAAAUCAGAUUUCUAAAGGGCAGCCUCCCCUCCCCUUCCCACAAUGCACACACAAAAGCUAUUCCAUACAAUGCAGGGGGAGAACUACGGUUCAGAUUUGCUGGCCAGACUGACUCAGGAAGAAGAGGGUGAAUGGAGUAAAUGUCUGCAAAAUCCCGAACCAGGCAUUUCCGCAAACAAAGUGAGAUCUUCAUUAAAACCCUGCAAAGCGAGGAUCAUUAUUCCUAUAUAACAGAGGAGGAAACUGCAGUUCGGAGAGAUGACAUGACUUGCUUAAGAUCCCCCAGCAAGUCUCACAGCCAGAAACCAAACCCACAGGAGCCUGACUCCAAAAUCUAUGGCCUUUCCACUGAGGUCUGUGCUGGCUCCCUUACUUUGAAAAGCCCUCUCUCCAGUCCUAGGCUAAUUGAUUCAUUGCUGGGAUGAAACCCUGAGGCUGGGAAUGGACUCCUAGGAAACAGGAUGAUUCCUUCUGGAAUCUUAAAGGGUCCAGUCCUUCCUCAGAGGCAGCUCAGUCUCAAUAAGGAGCUCUUGGAGCCUCCUUACAAGGUGUCUGUCCCUCCAGAUCUGGGACAUGGCAGGGGAAACUUGGCAUCUUUCCUUGCUGUGAGCAUUCCCACAUACACACAGAGAAAAUUUAUAGUCCACGUUUGAAGCUGCUUGAAGUGGGAACGUCAAUGGAGACAUGGCAUGAAAAAAACCUCCUGAAGAAUGUCUCUGAGCUGCAGACGGGUUCCUGGGCCAAUGGAACAACAUGUUUCCCUCCCGGCUGCAGUCCUGCUACCAAGCAAGAUGCUUUAACCACAUCGGAGCCGCAGUGAAUGCCAUUAGGAACAUUUGUGAUUCCUGGGAAGAGGUCAAAAUAUCAACAUCAACAGGAGUUUGGAAGAAGUUGAUUCCCAUCUUUAGGGAUGACUUUGAGGGGCUCAGGACUCCAGUGAAGGAAGUAACUGCAGAUGUGAUGGAAAAUAGCAAGAGAACUAGAAUUAGAAGUGGAGCCUGAAGAUGUGACUGAAUUGCUGCAAUCUCAUGAUAAAAUGUUAACGGAUGGGGAGUUGCUUCUUAUGGAUGAGCAGAGAGUGGUUUCUUGAGAUGGAAUCUACACCUGGUGAAGAUUAUUGAAAUAACAAAGCAUUUAAUAUAUUACUUAAACUUAGUUGAUAAAACACUGGCAUGGUUUGAGAGGACUGACUCCAAUUUCAAAAGAAGUUCCACUGUGGGUAAAGUGCUACCGAACAGCACUGACGCUACAGAGAAAUCACUGUGAAAGGAUGACUCAACUAAUGGAGUAAACUUCAUUGUCGUCUCAUUUUAAGAAAUUUCCACAGCCACCCCAGCCUUCAGGAACCACCACGCUGAUCAGUCAGCAGCCAUCAACAUGGAGGCAAGACCUUCCACCAGCAAGAGAUUACGACUCCCUGAAAGCUCAGAUCAUGAUGGUUAGCAUUUUUCAGCAAUAUUUUAAAGUGAAGGUAUGUACAUUUUUUGACAUAAUGAUAUUGCACACUUAAUAGACUACAGUAUGGUAUAAACCUAACUCUUACAUGCACUGGGAAAACAAAAAAACUCACGUAACUCGCUUUAUUGCAGUGGCCUGGAACAAGCCCGAAAUAUCUCUGAGGUAUGCCUGUAGUAGCUCUAGAAAGCCUUAAAGCUGGGAGGGAUGGAGGACUGGGAAGUGAAAAAAAGGGUAUCUACUGUAUGAGCCCACUUAUACAAUGAAAACUGUAGAAAAAAUAAAUUGAAUGUAGUGACAGAAAGCAUUGGUUGACACGGGAUGGGGCUGGGAAGGGACAGCCUAGGGUGGAGGCCAAGGGAACUUUUUGGAAUGAUGGAAAUAUCUUGGAAGGGUGGUUACCUGGGUGUAUAAACAUAUUUACUUAAAUAUACCAUUAAAUAUUAUUGUUCUUAAAAUCA